CAUGCACACCAGGAGCUUAUGGGCAACGAGGUGUUUCUAAACAUGGUUUAUGUUCAAGCUGCUCUUGAUAAUCAUUUUCGAAUUGUAGCCGCAGAGGAACCAAGGAUCUUGAUGCACUUGAAUGAUUGUAAUGAUCUGACUGGUUGCAGUGAGGAUUGGCAUGCUAUAUGGUGGAAUGGUAUGGCCCAUUUUCUUCUCAAUGGUAGGAACCCUCAACUAUAUGGUGAUGCUGUCAGACACUUCAAGAAUAUGUCAUUUGGCCAUGUCAGUGAGGGUUGUAAAGGUAUUAUGUUUAAGAUUCACAUACUACAGUGA